AGAAAUCUGUGCAAGAAAGAGGUAACUCCUUUAUAAGAGUGUUGAAAUUGGCAAAGCUUAUACGCGUUAAUUAAUCGUUAAUUAAUAAUUAAUCGCGAGGGUUAUAAAAAUUAAAUAGUUCGAUAAAAGGAAAUUAUGUUCACUUAACUUGUUUCCGGAGGUGUGACAUGUCAGUUAAAAAUGGUUGGUUGACCUUGGUCUUGCGGGAUGGAUGUUCUUCGGUGUUAGAAGGUUAGGAUUCUCGGGAAAUUUAGUUCUCGGGUCCUUCGGGAACAAGAUGGAACAUUGGACUCGAUCUCAGGUUAAAUUGACGUAGAUUCGACAACGCUUCGCUCUAGCCAAAAUUGAACUCUCUCGGUGUCAAAUUUGCGCGGCCUUAUAUACCCUUUUUGGACAAAGGCUUCUUGGAUAUCCGAAUUUGGUCACCUCAGUUUGAAUCUGGGCUCUCUGAUUGGUUGAUAAAAUGGCGGGAAUUAUAAAUUACACAGAUAAUCGCGCUUUCGGGUGUCAAAUUCCUUCGAGAAAUUCGUAAUUUGAUGUAAAAGUUUGGAAACAAAAAAAUGGAAUUUAAAUAUAUAAAAUGAUUCAGAAAUGGAUGAAAUUGCGGCCUAAGGGCUAAAUCGACACGAUCUAUCGAUCUCGCAUGGUUUUAGAAUGGAAAAUCGUCUGAAAAGUCGCCAAAAUCAAUACCUGUCAAAAUAUGGCAGGUAAUUGGAACAUUAUGUUCACCGGAAAUGAACAAAAAAGUAAAAAAUCCUGUAUGAAAACAACAAAUGAUGCUCAAGUUGGUAAAUUAAUAAUUGAAGAAGUUGGAUUUGUUGAAGGAAAAAAUGAAAAUCUCAUCAUUACUGUCACUCAAAUAGGAUCUACUUCCGAAUUCGUAGCAGAAUCGAAAGAAUUUCCUUUAAGUAGCGUUUGGGUCGUUUCAACCGAUUAUUCAUCGUAUGCAGUUUGGUUCUUAUGUAUAAAUGGGCAUAAACAAGAUGGAAUCACAUUUAUAUGUACCAGAGAUGAGAAACCAAGCAACGAAGUUUUAAAGAAAGCCCAAGAUGCUCUUCUAAACGCUGAGUUGAUGAUAGGUGAAGAUUAUUUAUUCCCAGUUGAUCACUCUAAUUGUUAAUUUCGAUUAAAUUAAAAAAUAAAAUAAAUUAAAG